AUGGAUUCUCAGUCUGAAAUGGAUCUCUCCUGUCCUGUCUGCCAUGACGUAUUCAAAGACCCUGUUAUCCUGCUGUGCAGCCACAGCUUCUGUAAGGACUGUCUGCAGAGAUGGUGGUCUGAGAACCAAAUCCACAAAUGUCCUCUUUGUCAAAGUUUGUGUUGGAUCAAACAUCCCCCCUCUAACUUGGCGUUAAAGAACCUGUGUGAGUCUUUCCUGCUUAAAAGUGCGCAGAAGGCUCCUGCGGGGCCUGAUCUUCUCUGCCCUCUGCACAACGAGAAACUCAAACUCUUCUGUCUGGACCAUCAGCAGCCUUUGUGCGUCAUCUGUCGAGAUUCAAAAGCACACAACAACCACAGAUUCAGACCCGUCGAUGAAGCUGCGAAGGACCACCGGGAGGAACUCCUCAAAAGCCUGAAACCCUUAAAGGACAAACUGGCAGUCUUGAAAAAAGUGAAAGGUAACUUUGAACAAACAGCCAAACACAUCAAGGAAAAGGCUGAAAUGACAAAGAGUAAGAUCAAGAAGCAGUUUCAGAGGUUUCACCAGUUUUUGAAAGAGGAAGAGGAGGCUCAAAUCGCUGCUGUGAGUCAGGAAGAAGAGGAGAAAGGUAAAGCAGCGAGGAAAAAGAUUGAGACUCUGAGCAGACAGAUCGCAGAAACAUCGGAAACCAUCAGAGCCACAGAGGAGGAGCUGAGAGCCGCAGACGGAAAGAUGUCCUCUCUGUCAGAGAAAGAUCUCUCCUGCACCCUCUGCCACGAGGUGUUCAGGGACCCCGUGGAUCUGGAGUGCGGCCACAGCUUCUGCAAAGACUGUCUGAAGGAGUGGUGGUCCGCCAAACCGAUCCACAAAUGCCCCCUCUGUAAGGAGAUAUCUCUGUUAAAGGAGCCCGGCUGCAACCUGGAGCUGAAGAAACAGUGCCAGACCUUCCUGGAGGGGCGGGGCCGGAAAGCCCCCGCGGGGUCCGAGCCUCUCUGCGCCGAUCACGCCGAGAAAUUCAAACUCUUCUGUCUGGACCACCGGCAGCCUUUGUGCGUCGUCUGCCGGGAUUCGAAAGCGCACAGCGGCCACAGAUUCAGACCCGUCAACGAAGCCGCGCAGGACCACCGGGAGGAGCUCCUCCAAAGCCUCAAACCCUUACAGGACAAACUGAACCUGCUAGUCCGGGUGAAGAGAGACUUUGAUGAACAGGCGGAGCACGUGGAGCUCCGGGCCCAGCGCGUGAGCAGCGAGAUCAAGGAGAUGUUUGACAGCCUCCGUCAGUUUCUGAGAGACGAGGAGGAGGCCCGGCAGAGUGUCCUGGAAAAGGAGCGAAAGCAGAAAAGUUGCACCAUAAGAGAAAAGUCCAAGAGUCUGAGCAGGGACAUCGCUGCCCUCUCUGAGAUAAUCGAAGCCACGGAGGAGGAGCUGAGAGCCGCGGACGACGCAGAGUCGCCGGUCAAACCUCUCCGGGUUGUCGCGGAGCCGCUGCCUUUGUCCAGACGUCACGCUGGUCAGAUCCUCGGACAGGCUGAGCACCGGAUGAGCCGUGUUGGGAUCCAGAAUGACGGGAGAGCAGGACACCAGCUUCAUCGCCUUUUUCCAGACGUUGAAGCUGAGAUUUCCCAGAUGUUUGGCAUGGUCUAUCAGAGCCCCCGGGGCCGGCGGAGGGUCAUCCUUCAGGGGGAGCUGCUGGACUCUCUGGACAGCAGCUUCGUAGCCCUGCAGGAAGGAGACGUCCGCGGCUCUCAGCUCCUCCUCCGUGAGCGUGACCGCUUCAGAAAGACCUGCCAUGUCCCGGUCCAGCUCCUCAACCUUCUCCCUCAGCAUCCGCUUCUUCUGCUCUUCCUCCUCCCUCAGAACAGCCAUCCUGAACUCCUCUUCCUCGUUCAGGAACUGGCGAAGCGCGCGGCUAUCCGCCGUGUGCUGCACCUGCAGCUGAAGGUGCUCUGCUGUUCGGUCACAGUUAGCUUUUGCCUGUCGAAACAGCCGGAGUCCGUCCUGGAGAGGCUUCAGGCGCCUCUGCAGCUCCUCCCUGCGGUCCUGCGCGGCCUCGUAGACGGGUCGGAAUCUGUGGCCGUCGUGCGCUUUGGAGUCCCGACAGACGAGACACACGGGCCGCUGGUGGUCCAGACAGAAGAGUUUGAGUUUCUCGGCGUGCAGGCUGCAGACGGCCUCAGACUCGUCGCAAUCGCUCCGGGUUUUCCUCGACGGUUCGGCUCCUGCUCCCCGCUGUUUUCGCCCUGCUUGGCCAGCCUCAGCUUCUCCGCGAUCAUGGCCACGGCCGCGAUGAACUGGUCGCCGUGGGAGACGCCCGUCGGGGGGCUGCUGCUGCUGCCGCGCCGGCUGACCGGCGUCUUCCCCCUGCGGCUCUUCCUCUCCACGUAG